UUCAUCUCUGAUCCGCCAUUAAAUAAUUUUUUUUUAUUGUCACUUUUUCUUUUGAUCUUACAAGCAAUCAAAUUCUUCAAAGAAUCCCGAACAGAAAGAGAGAGAAAUUUGAGGCUUAAAAAAGACAAAGGCUCUUCGAAUCUGUGGUGGAUUUUUCUCAUGGAAUCUCCUCUAAUCUCCCUCUGGAGUUCUGAGGACUGAAGCUGAGCAACAAACAGAUAUUUAGCCUGGAUUUUUACUCGUUUUAGCUCGUUAUCACAAUGAGUGGACUAGAGAAGACCUCGUCGGACACUAUAAACCCCACCUCCAAUUUCCAAGAAGGUUCAAGAAUGGCGAGUGCUAAGUUUGUUAAUAAGGACAUGGGAAAUUAUAACCGAAGGGCGUUAAGCAAUAUUAAUCCCAAUAUCAUUGGAGCUACUCUCAACCCAUAUGUAGUCAGCAAAAGAGAAUUUUUGGGGAAAGAUAUGAUAUUAUGCGACAAGAAGCCAUCAAAUGUACCACAUAGACCAAUCACAAGGGAGUUUUCAGCUCAAGUUAUCCAGCACUGCUCUUCUAAUGUAAGGGAUGUUUUAUGUGUUUAUCAGGCUUGUGAUCUCGAAACUAAGAACCUACACACGGUGGCUGCAAACCAUAGUGGUCUAGGUGAUUGUGGUAUUGUAGAUGUGGAGGACUUUGUGGAUGCUAAAGAUGUCCCAGUACCAAUGUUUGUGAAGCACACAGAGGCUAUUCUAGAUGAAAUUCAUAAGGUGGAGGAGGUUGAAAUGGAAGAUGUGGAAGAAGAAGAGCCUGUUAUGGACAUUGACUGUUGCAAUUUGAAAGAUCCACUUUCAGUGGUUGAGUACAUUAAUGAAAUUUAUGCCCACUACAGAAAAACCGAGAGGUUUAGCUGCGUCUCCCCGAAUUACAUGUUGCAUCAAUCCGACAUCAACGAGAAAAUGAGGGCAAUCCUUAUUGACUGGCUUAUUGAGGUUCACCACAAGUUUGAGCUUAUGGAGGAGACCUUAUUCCUUACAGUGAAUCUCAUAGACAGGUUUUUAGAGCGGCGAAUAGUGAUGAGAAAGAAGCUUCAGUUGGUUGGGGUGACAGCUAUGCUUUUAGCAUGCAAGUAUGAGGAAGUUUCUAUCCCUAUGAUUGAGGAUUUUGUUCUCAUUACAGAUAAGGCCUAUACUAAGAAUGAUAUUCUGGAAAUGGAGAAACUAAUGGUGAAUACUUUGCAAUUCAACUUUUCUUUGCCUACUCCAUUUGUGUUCAUGAGGAGGUUUCUUAAGGCUGUUCAAUCAAACAAAAAGCUUGAAGUCUUGUCAUCCUUCAUUGUGGAGUUAUGCUUGGUGGAGAACGAAAUGCUCAAGUUUCCACCGUCUUUGCUCUCUGCCGCGGCGAUCUACACCGCUCAGUGUAGUCUUUGUAGGCUGAAGCAGUGGAGCAAGACCAGCGAGUGGUAUACUAAUUAUUCGGAAGACCAACUCCUAGAAUGCUCAAGAUUGAUGGUUGCUUUCCAUCAAAAUGCUGGAAAGGGGAAACUCACUGGAGUAUAUAGGAAAUACAACACAAGAAAAUUUGGCUUCGCAGCUAAAGCUGAGCCAGCUGAAUUUCUCCUUGGUUUCUGAGUUUUUGAGCUAUUUUAGUCUUAAAAAUCAUUAAAGACCCGCAAGUUUAAUGGGUUUUUUCUUUUGUUGCUAAAGCUUGUUUUUUAGCUGCGAGCUAGACCCGGAAUGUUUGUUUCGACUCGUUAGUGUAUGUUCUCAACUACGUUUUCUAGUUUUCUAUAAUGAUGUCUUUUCUGCAUUUUCUUUCU